AUGACGCAUUCCCAAGAUUACUAUCGGUACGGCACGUUCGGAAAGCAGACACCCAAGUCAGCCAAGCCCAAGAUCCCAGCGAACCACCCACCGGUAAUCGACAUGGUGAAGGCCUCCAUCAACGCCGCGAAGGACCGAAAAAACACGUCACUUCCGACCAUCAAGAAGUUCAUCGGCGCCAACCACAAGAUUGAUGUCGAGAAACUCGGCCCGCACAUCCGUCGUGGCAUCGUUCAUGCCGUCGAGAAAGGUGUCCUCGUUCGCGUCGGUAACAGCUUCAUCUCGUUCAGUGUGAAAUAG